AUGGUAGCGUACGGAAAUGCCGCGCACGCCGGCCAACGCUCCACUCUCGGAGUUGUUUACUUCCGCGUCGCGGUAUUUGUGUUUAUCGUGUCCACUACUAACUUGCGAGCUGAGUUCGCGAUGCCGACGAGCGAGGACGAUGCGCGCGCGGCCGGGGCAGCCGCCUCGGACGCGCCGGAGUCGGCCGCUGAUAUAGUAACCACAUUUUUGGAUGAGAGAUUCAAUCAACUGAAAUCUCAUUGUGAUUAUUUUGAUUCUCUCUACGACAUCGGUGAUCUGAAGAAUGCACCUCCUGACAGCCUGAACACAAAGUGUAGAAACCUCACAGCGAUUUUGCAAGAUCAUGAGUCAAGCGACGUUGAUGCACUGGAGUUGAGGGAAGAACUAAAGGUGCUUUCAACAUUGUUGAAACCUGGAAUAGGUCCAAAAGAGACUCUGAAGUUUAUAGGAAGACAUAAUUUUUGCCGUAAUGUUAACAUUGCUCUGAGAAUUCUCCUAACACUCCCAGUGACAGUUGCGAGUGGAGAGAGGGGUUUCUCAAAACUGAAAUUGAUAAAGACAUACCUCCGAUCAACGAUGAGCCAAACUCGUUUGAAUGAUCUUGCAACAAUAUCGAUUGAACACGAGCUUGCAGAGGACUUAAAUUACAGAGAUCGUGUGAAAGAGCUUGCACAAACAAAAGCCAGGAAGGUUCGACUUGUCUAG